AUGGCCAGACAAGGAGAUGGUUUUGAGGGAAACGUGCAACAUCUUCAACAUAAUCCUAUAUACAACUGCAAAACAUGCAACAAGGAUUUUGAACAUGCUAUUCACUGUUACUACUUGGUUGUACGUGUCUCUGAUGACUCAAAGGGAGAAGUCAAGUUUUUGCUUUUCAACAAUAUUGCGGAGAGGCUCAUUAGGAGACCUGCGUUUGAGUUAGUCCAAGAGGCUGGUCAGGAAAAUCCACAUUUUCUACCUCAGUCUCUAACUGAUUUGAUUGGGAGAAAACUUCUAUUUAAGAUUACUAUCGCAACAAGACAAGGUCCCAACAUGACACGCCAUAGUAUCCCGACUGGUCCAGCAGUGUCUGUAGAAGAUGCACCUCGUGAAGCUACUCAAAGUCCAUUCCAACAAACCAAAACCAAUGAAUUCAUUCCUCCACCAAGGUUCAUCGUCGAGGAUCAUCCUGAAGCUUACAAUAAUCGAUAUGCAAUGGAAAGUGAGUCUGAAAAUGAAAAUGAUAAUGAAGAUGAGGAGAAUCAGACUUACACUACCUAUCCAGCUGGAGAGACUUUGAUAAACACAUCACCACAACAUAUCCCACAAGAAACUAAUAAUACAGUUACUUCGCCUAUUGUCAUUGGGAUACAAAAAAACGGUUACUACGACGACGGAGAUCCAGGUUGGAAUUUUGUACUUCCUCGGCUCGCGAAUCCUCCAAUGGAGUUAAUGACUUUGUUAUGCAAAGGAGACGAGUUAAGCAAACAUUAUCGAGAGUUCAUACGAGCUUACAAUAUGAUGUUCUCUUUCACAUCUCUUGGGGGGAAGAUAGAUCAUUCUAUUAACAAUGGUCGUGGACCAUUUGUUUUCCGAAUGUCCGGUGAGAACUAUCAUCGUAUUGGUGAUAUAGUUCCCGAGCCUGGACAAGCUCCAAAAUUUUCCCAGCUCUAUAUCAUUGACACUUUAAAUGAGAUCAAAAAUAGACUUGACGCUUAUGCCGGGUCUGACAGAGCUGCUGCUAAGAAACUAAGAGAACCACUUGUUCUUCUUCUGAAGAAUAUGUUAGAUCAGUGUAACCCUCAUGUCAAGGCUUUUAGGUCUGCAAGAGACAGAUUCGACGUGGAAGGAUCAACAGGUUAUAGGAUGAGAUUGAUUGAAAGUCGACAAUCUGAUGGACGGACCCAUAAUCUGCCGACUGCAAAUGAAGUUGCUGCUUUGAUACCUGGAGAUUUUGUUUUAAAUAUGGAGACACGAGAUAUUGUUCUAGAGAGUACAAGUGGAAAGUUGCAAAGGAUAAGUGAAUUACAUCCGGCGUAUUUGCCUCUGCAAUAUCCACUAUUGUUUCCAUAUGGAGAGGAUGGCUUUCGAUUAAAUAUUCCUAUUGGUUUUGAAGACAGCACUGCGAGAAAACGCAAGAAUGUAACUAUGCGUGAGUACUUUGCAUUUCGGAUUUUAGAGAGGAGGUGGGAAGCACCUACAAUUACAAGAUCAGGCAGAUUGUUUCAUCAGUUCCUUGUGGACGCUUACACAAUGAUAGAAUCGAGUAGACUACGUUACUUGUGGCUGAAUCAGAAAAAGCUCCGGUCAAGUAGUUACGCUGCAAUCCAGAAAGCAGCUACAAGAGCUGGAGCUAAGAUGGCGGAACAAGGGAGCCGAAUUUUCAUUCCAGCAACUUUCACCGGGGGAAAAAGGUAUAUGAAGCAGCACUACUAUGAUGCCAUGGCUCUGUGCAAAUACCAUGGAUUUCCCGAUAUUUUCAUCACUUUUACGUGUAAUCCAAAAUGGCCUGAAGUUACAAGGUAUCUGAAAAAAUAUAACCUGACCACCGAAGACAGGCCAGAAAUAUUGUGUAGAGUUUUCAAGAUGAAACUCGAUAAUCUUAUCGGCGAGUUGACUAAAAAGAACGGCUCCUUAUUCGGUCCUGUUGCUGCAGUAAUGUACACGAUUGAGUUUCAAAAAAGAGGAAUGCCACACGCUCAUAUUCUUGUCUUCAUGGAAAAAGGAUCAAAAUUUCCAACAGCCGAUGAUAUAGAUAAGAUUAUUUCCGCUGAAAUACCAGACAAGACAGUAGAUCCAGACCUGUAUGUGAUCGUUGGGGAUUGUAUGAUGCAUGGUCCUUGCGGUGCAGCAAAGAAGGAUAAUGUAUGUAUGGUUAACGGUAAAUGUUCUAAGAUGUUUCCGAAACCUCUCAACAUCAGGACAUCGAUUGACGCAAAUGGAUUUCCAGCUUACAUGCGUCGGAUUGAUGGUAGGUUCAUUGAGAAAAAUGGAAUCAGAUUAGACAAUGGAUUUGUUGUACCAUACAACAGAGACCUCAUGCUUCGAUAUCGCGCCCAUAUGAAUGUAGAGUGGUGCGUCCAAACACGAGCUGUUAAGUAUCUUUUCAAAUAUAUUCAUAAGGGACCUGAUUAUGCCUCAGCUGCAAUGGAUAAAGAAGAUGAAGAUGGCGUCAUUGACGAAAUCAAAACAUAUUACGACUGCAGAUAUAUUACUGCAUGCGAGUCGUCUUGGCGGAUUCUUGCUUUUCCUACACAUUUUCGUACUACUUCUGUAGAGAAACUUGGCUUUCAUCUUCCGGAUCAGGAACUGGUAUUUUUUGAUGAAGACGAACCUAUUGAGAGUAUUCUCAACAAAAAGACUGUCAACCAAUCCAUGUUUUUGGCCUGGUUCAUAGCAAACAGAAAAUAUGCAGAGGCAAGAGAGUUGACAUAUGCGGAAUUUCCAACAAAAUUCGUUUGGAAAUCAGGUACGAGAGAAUGGGUACCACGGAAACGAGGCUUUGCGAUAGGGAGGAUUGCGCAUAUUCAGCCAUCAGGUGAUGAGCUAUAUUUCUUAAGAGUAUUGCUAAACUGGGUAAGAGGGCCGACAUCAUACGAGGAUAUAAGAACAGUUGAUGGUGUUUUAUAUCAUACAUACGAAGAUGCUUGCUAUGCGUUGGGAUUGAUGGAUGAUGACAAGGAAUUCAUAGAAGCUAUCAAAGAUGCCAGUGACUGUAGUUCUGCGACGUAUGCAAGGAAGCUUUUUGCGAGAAUGUUGGUUUCCAAAUCGUUGUCUCAGCCUCAUGUAGUGUGGGAAGCUACUUGGGAGUAUCUUACCGACGAUAUUCUUUACAAGAAGCGGCGAGAAACUGGACGACCUGAUAUGAACUUGACCAUAGAGCAGAUCAAAAAUAUUGCUCUUACUGAGAUCGAAAAUCAUUUGCUCAGCAAUGGUCGUAGCCUCAAGAAAUGGCCCCACAUGCCAAAGCCAGAAAAUUUUGGAGAUUACAAUGGCAAUCGCCUUAUAGAUGAUGAGCUUAAUUAUGUUGUGGAAGAUCAGCUAAAGGAAAAUGAAAGACUUAUGGCGAUGAUAACAGAUGAGCAAAGAGGGGUAUACGAACAGAUUCUGGAUGCAGUUUUAAAUGAUAGCGGUGGAGUGUUCUUUCUUUAUGGUUAUGGAGGCACAUGA